GUUGCCCUUGGCGCGUUUAGACCUGGAUCCACCAGACUGCAGAGUGGAAGCCUCCCAAAACCCUCACCCACUCCGCCGAUCUUCCCCGCUCCAAGAUGUGGCGCCGCCACCUCCUCCGCCGCCUCCUCCCAUCUCCGGCCACCGCCGCCGCCUCCCCUUUGCCCUUCCUCCGGCACCUAUCCACCGCCACCACUCCGACUCCGGCCUCCUCCCUCGCCUCCUCUCUCGCGUCGGCGCUCGCCACGCUCUCCACGACCCCCCCGCCCGCCACCUCCCCGGACGCCUACUUCUCCCUCCAUUUCUCCGACGUGCGCCCCACCAAUGCCCUCCUCGCCGAGGCGCUCUCGCUCUCCCCACCCGCCACCUCCCGCGCCGCCGCCGACCUCUUCCGCUUCCUCGUCCGCCACCGUUCGCUCCACCCCUCCGACGGCGCGCUCGCGGUCCUUGUCCGCCACCUCGCCCGCCGCCGCGACUUCCCCGCCGUGCGCGCACUCAUCCAGGAGUUCCCCACCGCUCUCGGGCCCGCCACGCUCGACGCCUACCUUCUCCACCUCGCCAGCGCCGGCCGCCCCACGGACGCCGUCAAGGUGUUCGACGAAUUGCCCGAGCAGCUCCGUACCCGCGAGGCGCUCACUUCUCUGAUCUCCUCGCUUGCCACUGAGGGAUUCCCCUCGCACGCAGAACGUGCUGUCAAGAAGGUCGCCAACGAGAUCUUCCCGGAUGACAAUAUCUGCACUUUGCUGGUAUCUGGUUAUGCCAAUGCUGGGAAGCUUGACCAUGCGCUAAGGUUGAUUGGUGAGACACGCCGUGGUGGGUUUCAGCCAGGAUUGGAUGCGUACAAUGCGGUUCUUGACUGUGUCUGCCGUCUCUGUCGCAAGAAGGACCCACUGAGGAUGACUGUGGAAGCAGAGAAGUUCUUAGUUGACAUGGAAGCCAAUGGUAUUCCCCGGGAUGCAGGGACAUUCCGGGUGCUGAUCACAAAUCUAUGUAAGAUUCGCAAGACAGAGGAUGCCAUGAAUCUGUUCCGGCGAAUGGGUGAGUGGGGAUGCUCACCGGAUGCUGACACAUACUUGGUGCUCAUCAGGAGCUUGUACCAAGCUGCCCGGAUUUUAGAGGGGGAUGAGAUGAUGACGUGGAUGCGGUCUGCAGGAUUUGGAGAUAAACUUGAUAGGAAGGCGUAUUAUGGGUUCAUCAAGAUUUUAUGUGGGAUUGAGAGGGUUGAGCAUGCUGUCAAAGUAUUCCGUAUGAUGAAAGGAUAUGGGCAUGCUCCUGGAGUAAAGUCCUAUAGCUUGCUGCUCGAGAAGCUUGCCAGGCACAAUUUUGGGGAUCGUGCAAAUGCUUUGUUCAGGGAGGCAGUUGCACGUGGUGUAACUGUGGCACCAGGGGUGUAUAAGAUUGACAAGAGGUAUGUGAAAGCGAAGAAGGAGAAGAAGGUGAAGAAGAGGCUGACUUUGCCAGAGAAGAUGAGAUUGAAGAGCAAGAUGUUGUACAAGCUCAGAAUGAGCUUUGUCAAGAAGCCCAGGCGUCGAAUGCUCCGAGCUUAGGCAGACUUUUGGUUCGGUUGGAGUGGAGAAAAAGGGAAACAUCAUCAAGAGUCCAGUUAUAAUUAGAAGAUCAGAAAGUUGUUGUCCUUCGUAUGGAGCACUAGCUGGAGUGGCUCUCCGACAACAUUUUUCCAACCCAAGGCCUUCGUAUGGUUUUAAUUUUUUGGUUGAUGGACUCGUAACUCCGGCGAUGUUUAGUGCAAUGCCCUGCAUUACAUUAGCAUAAAUAAUAUACCAUUUUACUUAUUUUAAUUUACCGCAUUGUCAGAGAGGAAGCUUCUGGGUUAUGUACACCCUAAUUUUUCAUGGAAAGCAUUGGAACACUGAACAACUAUAUGGCCAAAACUAACCAGGCCACCUCUCGCCAAAGAAUGUUUACUCUCUCUCU